CACCAUCUUUCCUUUUGGCGCUACCGCAAAGAGGCUGCCGCCGCCAUACUUUCACUUUUUUUCUUUUUGCUUUGCUUCUUUAGCUGCCCACCCCCAGCAGCAGUUCUCUGUAACCGUCCACUCGUGUCCCUUACUACCCACGCCUUUUUCUUUUUUAUUCCUUUUUUAUUUCCUUUUUGCCCCCUCUCCGCUUUCUAUAUUUGCUCCCGCGCCACCGCGUGGCAUCCUAUUUCAUCUGUUCCUCAUCCUCUCACCACUCUGUCCUGGUGGUCUCUCUUACUUCCUGCUCUCCCCAUCUAACCAUCCACCACUACACAACAGUCUUGCUGCAACAGCUCGCCGUCUCCAUCUUCGAUCUUGUUGUUUGCUAGCUGUACUUACCAGCACAUACAAUAUGGGCGCCGAGAGCACUGAGCUCGGCAACUUGGCCACGGUCAAGGCCGACGCUUCGCCCGUUAUCAGCGAGCCCGAGUCUCCAGUUGACACCCAAUCCAAGCGCGACUAUGUCGACAACGACCAGCUCGCCCGCAUGGGCAAGAAGCAGGUCUUGCGACGCAACUUUGGCUUCAUGUCCAUUCUCGGUUUCAGCUGCACCAUUCUCAUUACCUGGGAGGCCAUUACUGUUCUUUUUGCCCAGGGUCUCUUGAACGGAGGCACUGCUGGCGUCAUUUACAGCUAUCUUAUCGUUUGGGUUGGUAACAUUAGCGUCUUCUCUACCAUGUGCGAACUGGCUUCCAUGGCCCCGACUUCCGGCGGACAAUACCACUGGGUUGCUAUGCUGGCACCCAGAUCCUCAGCCAAAUUCUUGUCUUACAUCACUGGCUGGCUCGCUGUUGGCGGCUGGCAGGGCUCUGUGGCCUCAUCAUCGCUCUUGACUGGGCGCAUGAUUCUCGGCCUCAUUUGCCUCAACAACCCAGACUUUCAGCCCAAGGACUGGCAAGGAACUCUGCUGUUCUGGGCCAUUCUGUUCUUUGCCGUCUUCAUCAACACAUUGGUCAGCUCUGCUCUACCCAAGUUCGAGGGCCUCAUCUUGAUCCUGCACAUUCUCGGCUUCUUUGGCAUCCUCAUUCCUCUCCUCGUGCUCGGCCCCCGCGCAUCUACUGCCGAGGAGAUCUUCACCACCUUUGCCAAUGAAGGUAUGUGGCCAACCCAGGGCCUCUCCUUCAUGGUGGGCAUGAUGGGCAACGUUUUCGCCUUUGUUGGUACCGACGCCGCUUUCCACAUGGCUGAGGAGACUCACAACCCCUCCGUUGUUGUCCCUCGCUCCAUCAUGAUGAGCAUUGUCAUUAAUGGCACCUGCGGCUUUGCCAUGCUUCUUACCAUGGUUUUCCGCAUGGGUGGCAUGGACGGAUUCUUGGCUGCUGCCAGCACUGGCCCCGGCGCACUUCAGUUCCCCUUCAUGUCCAUUUUCCAGAACGCCGUUCAGAACCUGCCUGCAGCUACCUUCAUGGUGAUCAUCAUCAUGGUGCUCGGAGCUUGCGCCACCGUCGGUAUGCUUGCAUCCACGUCGCGUGUCUUCUGGUCUUUUGCUCGUGACCGUGGUCUUCCCUUCUGGCCUACUCUCUCCAAGAUUGAUCCCCGUACAACUGUCCCCAUCUGGGCUGUUGGUGCUACCAGUGUCAUCUCGAUUCUGCUCUCUUUGAUCAACAUUGGCUCCAACGUUGCGUUCCAGAACGUUGUGUCGCUGUCCAUCUCUUGCCUCUACUUUUCUUACAUAAUUGCUGGUAGUCUUUUGCUCUACCGCCGUUGCACCAGCGGCUUCUCCAUGCCCGAUGCCAGUGGCCUUCCCGCCCUCGCCAACACCACAGGCGCCGAGCUUGUCUGGGGCCCCUUCCACCUCCCAGGUAUCUUUGGCAUCCUUAACAACGCCUUUGCUCUUAUCUACCUCAUCACCAUUUCCUUCUUUUCCUUCUGGCCUAUGAUGAACAACGCCGACCCUGCCAAUGUCAACUUCAGCGUGCUCGUCACUGGCUUCAUCAUUCUCUUCAGCACCGUCUACUACUUUAUUUGGGCCAAGAAGGAGUACAAUGGCCCCAUUGUCGAGAUGGAAAACUAAAGCAACUCGAGAGGAAGGGAUUUCGAAAGAAGAGAUUUGUCAUGUUUGUCCAUUUGGUGCUGAACUACCAGUGGCCCCUACAAAAGGGGGACACUUUGCUUUCCAUACCAUUCGUAUAGUUGCAUGCUGAUUUUAGGGCAGCCAUUUUGGCUCUGCUGCCCGUGUGUUAUAGUAUAUACUGCUCUGAUUGGAAGAGGGGAUACCAUGCUGUAUUGUUCUUGUUUUUAUAUAUAUUGCUAGCUGUAUGCAGGCUCAUUCUUAUGCUUUGUUGGAUAGGCAAAUAAUCAUUAUAUUUACUCAAUUGGAUACUAUAUUUACUUUAAUGACGUUUUUUUCGAUUU